UUUUCGAAAAAGUGAAACGACCUAUCUACUCUUUAGAAGCUCUUGUGAUUUGUUUUAUUCCUUUUGUUGAACAGAAAGUACAUAUUUUUCAUCUACUCGUAAUAUUUUUGUAGUAGUUUUUUAUACGCAGUAUCUCAUAUUAAAUAAAAAAAAUGUUUCUCGACUUGAAAGUUUUUGCUUUGGCGAUAAUGGUACUUUUCGUUGGCAGUGUUAUUUGUCCUCCUCCAGCAGUAUCACAUCAUCCAACGUCUAAUGAAUCGUGUUUGAAAAAUUGUCCCGUAACAGCAGAUUAUACUCCUUUUUGUGGUAGUGAUAAUCAAACUCAUGUUACUCAUGGCCUCCUAACCUGUUACCAACGGUGCAAUAUACCGAUUACGGUGGCUUAUGAAGGAAGAUGCAGCUGGGAUACUCCCGAUCCAACAAUCAGAAUUCCCGUAGCAGAUUCUACGAGUACAAUCAAAACUCCCGUUGCAUAAAAUUUUGAGCGUUUAUCGUGACACUUGAAUCGUGUAGGUUAUUUUAUUUUUUGAUACAGUAACAUGCUUUAUUGUUCAUUUUUAUUAUAUUUGUAAAUAAAUUUUCAACAACUA